UUAUUGUACGCCCCUCAAUAUCAGAUACCUGAUAUGCCCAGCCACAUAAACCUGUAGACGUGGCAUUACAAGCAGAAACGGGAAAGAAGAAAGUCAUGGAUAAGAUUUACAGUAUCGUGUAUUUUGGAUCUUUUGUGCUGAUGUUUAACCGAUUAUAUGCUGAAGAUACAUCGGUUACAGAUAUCGUGUCAUUUGAUGUCACCAUAGGGGGUGAGGAUGUGGGUACGAUAGACAUUGGACUGUUUGGAGAUACGGUACCACUCACUGUGAAGAACUUCGUACAACUGGCGUCUGGAGCGGAGAAGUAUAAGUACGAGGGGAGCCCAUUCCACAGGGUGAUUGACGACUUUAUGAUUCAAGGGGGAGAUGUGGUGUAUGGUAAUGGUUCAGGGGAGACAAGUAUUUAUGGUGGGAGAUUUGAAGAUGAGAACUUCCUAUUACAACAUUAUGGUGCAGGAUGGGUCAGCAUGGCUAACGCAGGCGAAAACACCAACACCUGUCAGUUCUUCAUUACCGCAAAGAAUACGUACUGGCUGAACGACAAGCACGUGGUUUUUGGCAAAGUUCUUCGUGGCAUGCGGGUGAUACGUCAGAUCUUGAAUACGGAGACAAACAAGGAGACGGACACACCACUGGUCCCUGUGCUCAUAUCGAAAAGCAGGAUUUCAAAACCUGAUAAGACAUUCACAGUAGCCAAAGUUAGUGCGGAUUGGAUGGUUUAAGAUUAAACGUUCUGCUCAAAGACUUCGCUGUUAGAAUGAUAUGAGGUCUUUCAGAUCAUAGUAUCUGGCUGCUCAUAAUCCAGUAGUCACUACGCCUUGUUUCUAAUUUGUAAAAUGCCAACUUAUAAAGAACUAUUGGGUUGCUAUUUUCAAACUUUCAUGUUUUAACACUAAUGUAAUUGGAUUUUUAAGAACAUAUUCAUCUUUAUGUCUAAGGUAAUAACAUUCGGCCAUUUCCGCCCGAUACCGCAUUCUCCGUGUAUGAUGUCGGGAUUUUCCGAUUGUUAUGAAAUGAAGAAAUGCUGUGUUUUAGCCGAUGGAUGCAGAAAGAGUAUACGAAGUUAAUAUGUACAGUCGCAUCGAAAUUGCCGAAUAUCUUUACCUUAAGUGAAAAAUUAAUAAUUGUUCGGUUUGGAAAAAAAAACCCACAAAAAGCAAUUAACUUUAAGUUGACUUUUAAAGGUGGAUAAUCAGAUUUUGGCCAUGUAACGGAUUUGUUUUAAACUUUAACAUCUGAUCAUAUACACUCAUUUAUGUUCAGUUAGCGCUUAAUACAAGUUAGGUUUUCACUGGAGAUAUUUUUAAUAAUUGGUUUUCCUAUUGCAGUUGCCCAACCAAGAUCGAGUUAUUUUAUCAUAAGUAUAAAUGUGAUAAACAUACUUUACCUAAGAAAAUGUAUAACUAACCGAUAUAUUGUAUUAUAUUCGUAAAAUAAUUGCAUUAGCAAUUACAUAUAUAGAUUGAAUUCAUUAGAAAUGCAAGUUUGAAAAAUUAUUAUUACCUCCCUUUGCCUGUCUUGGUUGCGCAACCAAGAUAGAAUGGAAAAAAAUGAAAUUCAGAAGCUACAUGCAUUUUAAAACCCACCUUUUGAUUCAGAUUGUUAAAUAUUUGGUAUAUCUAUCCAAUGCGAAUGUAAAACUCGGAAUUAUAUAGAAAUAAAAAAGAAAUACCAAGCAUUUUAAAUAUUUUCAUAUUAAAGGGGAGUAAUUACAAAUUUUUAUGAAAAUCAAUAAAGUAUACAUUUCUAACAGGGAUCUAACUCUAGGUAAUGGGUAUUUUUGUUUUUUAAAUAAAUCUCUAACAGAAUAUACAAAAAGUAAAAAUGUCACUAAAUUUUGCUUAAAUGUGAUUGACCACCUUUAAGAACUAGUCAUUUUUUGACACGUCGGCACACAUUUGUUUAAGGCCAGUGUUGACAUGUUGUACAAGGCAGCAAAAAGUACUAAAAUAAUUAUUGCUACUGGGUAUCCGCUGUAUAAUCAAAUCUUGCUUAAAUUUUCGUAUAUAGGAUGUCAAAGAGAGUUUCUGAUAUUGCGAUUUUUCAUGAUGAAAUGGACUUAGAGAUAUUUUUGUAGAUCCAGAAUAUAUUAUUAUCUUAAAAAAAUGCUAUUUAUGUUUGUUUGAGUUUGAUUUUAAAGAAAGAAAAAAUGAAGAACAUUUACGCAUAUAACGAGUAAAAUUACAUGGCGUUCAAAACUCUUUUCCCAACAAAAAGUAGGACAGACUGAUUCCCUUUGUCGUGACGAGGCACAUAUUUUUUAAAUAGCAACGAAAAAGUAUUUUGUUACUACAGCUUAAUCCGUCCAUAGGAUAAAUGAAAUAAAUUAUAAAGUUCUGAAAUACAUACCUCAUUCAGACUUUUAUGACAUUUUUGCGUUUUCAUAUUGUUAUACAUGAAAUAUUUGCUAUAUGUGAUAACUUUGCUUGAAAUAUUGUUGAAAAUUAUUUUUGAUGAUAUUUUUACCACUGUUACCGUUGCCUUUUGUAAUAAAACUUAGUCAUGAAAAGUA